AUGUCCAUCCGCAAGGCGCUGGGCGCAGUCAAGGACCAGGCGACCAUCGGCAUCGCGCGGGUGACGGGCGCCGUGGCGCCGGACCUCGACGUGGCCAUCGUGCGCGCCACCUCCCACGACGACGCGACCCCGGACGACCGCCACGCGCGGGAGGUGCUCCGCCUCGCGUCCGCCACGGGCGCGGCGCCCGCCUGCGUCGCCUCCAUCGCCCGCCGCCUCUCCAGGACCCGCGACUACGUCGUCGCCGCCAAGUGCCUCGCGCUCCUGCACCGCCUCGCCGCCGCCGACGCCGACCCCGACCCCGACCCUGCCGAGGACGCCGACGGAGAGGGCCGCACGCGGUUCCUCCACGAGCUGCUCCGCCCCACCCUCACCGGCCGCCGCGCGGGGGAGCCCGUGCUCGCGCUGCUCCUCGACUUCCGCGACGAGGCGCACACGGCGUCGUGGGACCACUCCGCCUUCGUCCGCGCCUACACCACCUACCUCCUCGACCGCGUCCGCUUCCUCGUCCUGCUCCUCCCCGCGCCGCGCUUCGCCGACGACCGCGUCAGGGGACCACCGCACACGGCGGCGGCGGCGGCCGACAUGGACACGGAGGCGCUCCUGGGCCGCGCGCGCCACCUGCGGCACCUGCUGGACCGCCUCCUCGCGUGCCGCCCCGCGGGCUCCGCCGGGGCCAGCCGCGUCGUGCGCGCCGCGCUCCACCCGCUGCUCAGGGACAGCUUCAGAGUCUACGAGGACGUCGCGCUCGUCCUCGCGCUCCUCCUCGACCGCUUCUUCGACAUGGACUACCCCGAGUGCGUCAAGGCCUUCGAGACCUACGUCGGCACCGCCAAGCAGAUCGACGCGCUCCGCGCCUUCUACGCCUGGUGCGACCACGCCGGCGUCGCGCGCUCGUCCGACAUCCCCGACGUCAGGCGCGUCGACGACAAGCUCCUCGAGACCAUGGAGCAGUUCCUGAGGCAGCGCGGCCGGGCGGGACGCGCCUCGCCGCCACGAUCGGCUCGCGAGUCUGCUGUCAACGCGCAAGGCGACGACGUCGACCACGUCGACGACAUGAACGGCAUCAAGGCGCUCCCGGCGCCGGAGCGUUCCAGCGGCGCUGAGCGCGCCCGACCGAUUGUGGUGCCGACGAACGAGGCCGAUCAGAGCGUUCUGGUGGACCUGAGAGAGCCAGCUGCCACCGCGGACGAGCAGGGCAACAAGCUGGCGCUCGCGCUCUUCUCCGCGCCGCCGGCCACGAACAGCACCUGGGUCACGUUCCCGUCUGAAUCCGACGCUGACGCCGCCGCCCCAGAGCCAGCGGUGACCUCGGCGUGGCAGACGCCGGCGGCGGAGCCCGGGAAGGCGGACUGGGAGUUGGCGCUGGUGGAGACGGCGAGCAAUCUCUCCAAACAGGCGGCGUCGCUGGGCGGCGGGAUGGACACGCUGCUGCUGGGCGGGAUGUACGACCAUGGCUCCGUGACGCAGCAGGUGGCCGCGCAGGCCGCGUCGGGGAGCGCGAGCAGCGUGGCGCUGCUGCCCUUGGGGCGUCAGGUGGCUGCGGUGCUGAUGCUUCCGGGCCCCGACGGCAGCACGGUGCGUCAGGUGGCCGGGGGCGACCCGUUCGCGGCGUCGCUGGCGGUGCCGCCGCCGUCGUACGUGCAGAUGGCGGAGAUGGAGCGGAAGCAGCAGCUGCUGGUGCAGGAGCAGCAGAUGUGGGCGCAGUACCGGCAGGGCGGCAUGCAGGGGCAGCCGGCUGGGUUCAACGGCCUCGCCGGCGGCAGCGUGUUCGCGUCGAACGCCGCCAUGGCCGUGCCCUGUGGGUAUGGGAUGCCCAUGGCGUACAACCAAGUCGGUGGGUACUAUUAG